UUGACCACGCAAUCUCGAAACUCUAAUAGUGAAGACAUUCUAUCACAAGUUCCUGCCGAUUCUGAUCAAGUAUCAAACAAAACUGAUGAUGUAGCAACCAAAGAUUCUGGACCAAAUGUUGAGGAUCCUGUCGAUUCGGAUGAGGUGGUUGUAAUAGGCGAAUCGCCAGGACUUCCCCGGACUCAUAAUAAUGAGGCGCCUAUGUUUCCCGUUUGCAGCGGUUUCACCACUCAGAUGAACUUCCAAUAUGGUCAAGCUCAUUCAAACAGAUUUAUGAAUCCGCAUCAGCAGCAUCAGCUCUUCCAACAACAAUUUGCAUUGCAACAACAACAACAGGCUGUCAUGCAGACUACUGCCGGCAUUCGUCCAUUUGUCACUUCCCGAUCUGGUUUGCCCAGUCAGGGACAAUCACUUACGCCUCAGGCGGCUAUGGCUUCGGCUGCUCUCCUGUUCUCGCAACAGCAUCAGCAGCAACAAGGAACCUACGACUGGGCAAUGCAGCGAAAACUUUGGAUGGUAGAUAAGUCAGACGGUUCCAAACGUCUUUUCAAACCUGGCCAUAUCGAACAUGGGGGCAAGAUGUAG